CGUGAGGAGGAAUGUAAGAACGUACUGGGAGCCUCUUGUACUCAUGCAGUCGACCGAUCCACUUAAGUCGAUGACGUCUUCAUCGUUCGAGCGUUUGGUCGCGAGUUGAAGGGGAUGGAGAGGUGAUGGAGUGUGGGGGAGGCUGCCAUUCCAAAGGUGAGGCUCCAAACUUCAAACUUCUAAAUUUCCAGAAUCCAGGCUUUCGACCUGCAUGGCACCAACGUCACUACAACACCGCCGCACCCACAAUAUCCUCCUCAUCUCGAAGCUCUUGAAUCAACGCGAUGCUUCUUCACCGUUCACGCUUAUUCUCGACAGCUUGGAGCAAAGCGGGAGGCCAUUGCUGGCGGAGUUCUUGAGCCGGGCAAAGGCUGCCAAGGUGCAGACAAUUUUUGUAUCAUUGGAGACCUUGAGGCCUUCUCGGCAUGUUGAUGUUUUUAUCCGCGCAUGGGGGAAGACACCAGCGGAAUGGCGCAAAGAGGUGGUAGAUGCGCUGAAAGCUGAGCCGACUCAAAGAAAACUGCUCAUAAUCGACUGCUUGAACUCAUUGGCGGCGAUCGAAGCAGCCAGCCUUCCCGCCCUGCUAUCGUCCUUCAUCACCCCAUCAACCUCCCUGCUCGCCGUCUACCACCAAGACGUCCCCACCCUGGCCUCAAACACACACGACGAUGCCUACUCUCCCAGCACAAUAACACUGUUAAAGUACCUCGCCACUACCAUCUUCACAGCACACUCUCUGCAUCACGUCCUCGCCCGGAAAGCAGCUAGAGACCGCAGCCACGCCGAGCCGGUCUUCGGGCUUCAGGAAGGCGUCGAAGGCGGCAUUCAAAGUCUGGGUGCGAAUGGAGUAGAUGGCGUCGUGCUUGAAAUGGAGCAUAGACGGAAAAGCGGCAGAGGUGUGCGGGAGUGGUAUUGCAUGACUCCUACCAGUGGCGAUCCGUCAGAGCACUCUCGCGCAACCUUGUCACUCCUGGAGGACCAUUCGAGCUACCUGCCUGUCGAUAAUACAGCGGCGGCCGAUUCAGACAGUCGGACGGAGUCUACAUUCGAGCUGGGUUUGACGGAGAAGCAAAGACGGGACAGAGAGGGGGUCGUACUGCCCUACUUCGAUGCUCAGAAGGGUGGUGGAGACGGCGGACGGAUAUUGUAUGACAUGGGGAGUGAAGAUGACUUUGACGAGGAGGAGGAUGAGAUAUGAGAGCCAAUUUAAUAUUGGCAUGCUUUCAAUAUUGUCUCUCAUUGCCUUUCAUCACGUGCACCGCCGACCCGCGGAAGUCUUGGC